GGCCUUACCUCCGCUCGUUGCAGGCUAUUCUCGCGUCCUUGGCAGCAUUAUCACUUGUGGUCAGCCUACGCGUGCCUCUUAGUUACUCGCAUUACUUCCCGCCCUUCUCUAAGCCAUGGCAUCAAAAGCAGCAGUAGCUGCGGUCGACUUCACCCGCAUUUACUCGACACUUGGGCUCGGAAAAGAUACCAUCGCUGCUCUGCAGGCAUUCCGCAAACGGCAUGGGGAUGCUCAACGCAUCCAGUCCCAAUAUGCAUCUCAACCCACGACCGUUGACCUCGCACACUAUCGCUCUGUCCUCAAGAACAAGGCAAUUGUCGACGAGGCUGAGAAGCUGUUGAAAGACUUCAAGGUUGUUACGUACGACGUAUCUGCCCACGUCAAAGCCAUCGAAACUUUUGAGGCCAAGGCGGUUGAGAAAGCUCAAGCGACCGCCGCCCAGAUUGACGUGGAACUCAAGGAGUUACAAGCAACACUUGCUAACAUCGAAGAGGCUCGUCCGUUCGAAGACUUGACGGUGGAGGACGUCGGUAACGCCCACCCACGGAUACUGGAAGCCGUCGAGACCAUGGUUAAGAAAGGCAAAUGGACUGUACCUGGUUACAAAGAGAAGUUUGGCGACCUUUCAUUGAUGUGAGCUAUUGCUGUAACUUACAUAGAGCAUUGCACCGCAUUCCCUAUCCCGAUUGCAUCUUGAAUUCUAUAUACUGGACAGACCUAUACUGUUCUGGUGCUCGUCAACAAAAUUGAGUUGUUUGUCUGGACCUCUCGUUAAGAUUUAGAGUUGCCUAAAUGCAUUACUGACGAAGGAUAAAAACAACGUUGAUUUUAAGCUAAUAGCACUGAUAUCUGCUAAGUCAGGUACGGGGGAACGACAGUACUAUUAUGGAGGUUAAUAAGUAGUGGACGAACUUCUAACCAUAGGAAGUCAAAUCCAAACGAGGUCGAGACUCAGCAUGAG